AUGGAAGUCGACACGGUGCCGCCGAACGCGUCGGCUCAGCAAGACUACGACACGAGGCUGUUUCAUCAGCAAGUCGUUCGCGACGCGAAUUCCGGCUCCGAGUGCACGUUCACCAUCCCGAAACGAUAUGUGAAUUUGCGAUAUCUCAGCGCCGGCGCUCAGGGUACUGUAGUCGCCGCUGACGACACGCAGACCGGCACUCAGGUUGCCAUUAAAAAAAUGCAACAGCCGUUUGUAAUGACGAUGUCCGCCAAGAGGGCCUAUCGUGAAUUCAUUCUGCUAACUACUAUAAAGCACCCAAAUAUCAUUCAGCUUCUGAAUGCUUUCACACCAGACCGUUCACUUGAAAAUUUUAGAGAGGUUUAUUUGGUCAUGGAGCUAAUGAAUCACAAUCUUCAUGAAGUAGUGCAUAGAUUGAGACUAGAUCAUAAAACACUAUCCUUUUUCGUUUAUCAAAUGUUAUGUGCCAUCAAGCAUCUUCACAAUUCCGGCGUUAUUCACAGGGACCUUAAACCAUCGAACAUCGUUGUGAAUGAUCGGUGUAUUCUCAAAGUUCUCGAUUUUGGACUCGCGCGCAAAAAGAAUGUCGACACGUCGAUGAGAAUGUCCGACUAUGUCGUAACGAGAUAUUAUAGAGCGCCGGAAGUGAUUUUAGGAAUUCCCUAUUCCGAAAAAGUUGACAUUUGGUCGGUUGGAUGCAUUUUCGCCGAAAUGAUCAAUCACACCGUGCUGUUUCCCGGAAAAGAUCGCAUUGAUCAAUGGACGAAAAUCUAUACGGUGAUGGGUUCGCCUAGCGAGGAAUUUGUGAAUCGUCUCGGCCAGAGUGCGGCCGUCUACGUGAGAUCACUUCAACGAGCCUCGCCGACGCCGCUGAUUGAAAUCGUUCCCGAUUGCAAUUUUCUGACCGAUACCGAGAAUCCGCGAGUGAAUUUGACAGCCGCACAAGCUCGUGAUUUACUAUCGCAUAUGCUGAAAAUCGAUCCCGAUGAAAGAUUUUCGGUUGAGGACGCUCUCAAUCAUCCGUACGUCAAACUAUGGUUUAAGGAUGAGGAAGUGAACGCGCCAGCUUCUGAAAACCGCUACAAUCAGGAAAUUGACUUCCAGGACAAAACGCUUCUCGGCUGGAAAGAACUCAUUUAUCAAGAGGUGCAAAAUUAUCAAAACACUCACGACAUUUUCCAUAAAUGA